UAGGGCUGGGCUGGUCAGUUGGGCUCACAGUGAUCUUCUUGCUUGGGGCGACGGGAUGGAAUCUGUGCAGGUAUCAGGGGAGGACCAGACCACGAGAGACUCCAUAAACCAGGCUGAGCUGCAGCAGGAGGAGACCUCCAAGGAACAAGAAGGCUUUUUUAACCUUCUCACCCAUGUCCAAGGUGCAAGACUAGAUGAGCAGAGAUGUAGCAUCCAAAUCGCACAAAACAAAGGAGAGCAGGACAACAAGGGCACCUCACCAGUCACGCCACCUCCUGAAAUGAAUGUUCUGAUGGACAUGUUGGCACAUUCUCAGAGCCGGAGACUGGACGACCAGAGAGCAGAAUUCACCCAACUGUCAGGGUUUCCAGACACCAUGCCAAACCGCAGGGCGUCCCAUGAUAAUGGAGGGUUAAAGAACCAGCCAUAAUCCCUUCAUCCCCACUGUGCACCCACCACACGGAAGAUAAUAUGAAUGCUCAAGAUCCUUCAAGAUGACUUUGCCUGAACGAGACAUUUACAUUAGUUUAGUGCUGAUAUCUGCAGCUUAAUAAAUCGUUUUCAGCUCGUCUAAGCUCGUCUGUAACUGUGCCUCAAUUGCUCCAUAUUGAGUGGGUGAAGGGACUAUUUUACACACAAUAUAAUAUUCUUUCUCUCUGUGUUGCCCAUAUAAGGGACUUAAAGAACAGUCAUAGUAAAAUCUGUAAAUGGUAUGUCUUCAAGUGACUUGGAUAUGCAACAGUUUAUUGAGUGGCAAUAGGAAUGACGUGUUUAGUGAGUCUGCCACCCAUUAGUUACUUCUUUCUCCAGGACGCAGACGCCCCAGGAUCCCAGACAGAUGUUCCAAUUUCAGCCAGUGACGAUUAUUUCAGCUUCAUCAAUCAAGUACACAGCCAGCACCUCG